AUGGACUUGGGAAAGGAUCAGUCUCAUUUGCAACUUCAUCAGACUGACCAUCGUCAAAGAGAGACGUUUGGUCCAGAAAUCAUUGGAACUUGGAGUUUGCGGAACCGAGAACAGCUCAGAAAAAGAAAAGCUGAAGCACAAGAAAAGCAAACUUCACAAUGGGCAUUUGGAGAACAGAAAAAACGCAAGUGGCAGAACACAGGAAGAGGAAAUCAAAGAGGCCGGAAGAGACAACAAAAUGCAGAGCCAAAGAGAGAGUCCCAGUCACAAAGAGCAAAGGAAAUUGUGGAGAAAGCAUCGGUACCUACAGAGAAAGAAAAUGAGCCUCCUGGAAGAGCAGCUGAGGCCCCUGCUUUGGUAACUUCCCCAAAAAACACUAUGCCUGAGGAUCAGUCUUCUGAACUACCUCUAGAAAGCAUUACUCAUGAUGAAAAUUCUUCUGAAUACCAAGAAAUAGUGGCACAAAACCGUGGUUCUGAAACAUGCCAACAUAUGGCUGAACCUGAAGACCUUGCUCCUAAAACCUACCAAGAGAUAUCCAUACUUCAAGACUAUUCAUCCAAAGUAUAUCAAGAUGUGGCUCAGCCUGAAGUCCUUGCUCCUAAAACACGCCAAGAAAUAGCUGUGAUUCAAGCUCACCCUAAUGUGCCAAGAAACAGCUUUGUCACUGACCAAGAAAGAUGUGCUCCUGAAGCAGCCCUAAAAGUGGAGGUGCCUCAGGACGGUCCAGAGGACACAGACCCAUACACAGCUGAGCCAGAGAAACCCACUUUGGAACAAGACCAAGCCGGGCCAGAAGGCUUUCUUCAAUCACAAAAAAUAGCUCUGCCUAAAGACCUUUCUUUAAAAACAUAUCAAGAAACAACUGAGCCUGAAUAUUUUUCUCAUGAAACAUAUAAAGAAGUGAGUGUGCCUAACAGUUCCUCUCAUAAAAUAAUCCAAGAAACACUGAAGCCUGAAGGAUGUUCACCUGAAAUAAACCAAGAAACACUGGAGCCUGAAGAAUAUUCACCUGAAAUAAACCGAGAAACCCUGGAGCCUGAAGAAUACUCACCUCAGACUAACCAAGAAAUACCUGGGCCUGAAGACUAUUCGCCAGAAACCUACCAAGAGAUACAGGAGCCUGAAGACCUCUCUAUUAAGACAUAUAAAAAUGAGAAUGUGCCAAAAGAAUACCUUCCAGAACCAUAUCAAGAAACAGGCAAGGCCCAGGGCCAGGAUUCUAAAGCACAUGGAGAAGAUGCUGAGGAUGUACAUACUAUUCCUCAAGGAGGCGCUGUUCAUAGCAACCCCACAGAAAUGAAAGAAAAAUCCAAAGUAGAAGAACCAGAAGUGCCAGCAAUUCCACAUGUUCCUCAAGAGAUUGGUCCAGAAAAUGAUGUGUAUAACUAUGUUUUGUUUUAACAAUGUUCAACCAUAAAGUUGUAAUCCAGUGGAAUAUACAUCUUA